AGCAGUUUGCAAUGUAAAUCCGGCGGGUGUGCAGAAGACAUCAAAUGAAAUCAGCACCGUGCGCCCCGACAGCGCCGUUCCUGGCAAUCCAUUUCAAUAACGUACUACGUUACUGCCACCAAUAAAACUAAAUCCCCGCGUCACAGGAUCAACCCCUAUCAACCCCGGCGUGCGGCGUGAAUCGUGCGGCUAUGGAGAAGCUGGAAGAGUACCAGGGUUGGGCUGGACGGUGGCACCAGUGGCGGGAUGGGGCCCGGGAGCGGUACAACGGGUGGCGCGAGCGGCACCCCCGGGGCAUCGGCCAGUACGUGCUGGAUACGUUCUCGCUCGGUCCAUCGAACGCGGCGGCGGCUGGCGAAACCGUUGGCGGAGGUUCCCGGGGGGGCGAGUGGAACGAGAACACGGUCGACUUUUCGCACAUCUAUCGGCACAAAACUCGUCUGGAGCUGGUCCGCAUAUCAGCGGCAGUCAUGGGAAUCGAGUUUUCGUACGCUGCCGAGACGGCGUUCGUUUCACCGACAUUGCUGAAAAUAGGCGUCGAGCAUCAGCACAUGACCCUGGUCUGGUGUUUAUCGCCGUUGAUUGGCUUCUUUCUGACGCCGCUGUUCGGUUCGCUGAGCGACCACUGUCGCAGCAACCUUGGCCGGCGGCGACCGUUCAUCUUGCUCCUCUCGGUCGGUGUACUGCUGGGGCUGCUGCUGGUGCCGAACGGAGAGGAUCUCGGCUACGCGAUGGGCGACUUCAACGGCACUAACGCAACGGCGCUCGCCGCCGGAAACGACACCGGCAGUGUGGGCAACCCGUCACUCCCGGUACCACUGGCCCACCGAGCGACCGCGUCCGAGACAAAGUUGGAGGCACCGUCUGCAGCGGAACAGCCGGUCGCACACCGACCGCGUCACCCGUGGGGCAUCUUCUUCACCAUCGUCGGGACGAUGAUGCUCGACUUCAACGCGGAUGCCUGCCAGAGUCCGUCGCGGGCGUUCCUGUUGGACGUGACGAUCCCAGAGGACCAUGCGCGCGGCCUGUCCACCUUCACCAUCAUGGCGGGGCUGGGCGGAUUUAUGGGCUACUCGCUGGGCGGUAUCGACUGGGACAACACGUCGGUGGGUGUAGCGUUCGGGGGGCACGUGCGGGCCGUCUUCUCGCUCAUCACGAUCAUCUUCAUCGUGUGCGUCCUGUGCACCGUCACCAGUUUCAGCGAGAUCCCACUCUCGAUCCUGGAGCAGGAGCUCGAACGGCAGCCACCGCCACCAACGACGGCUUCCGUGCCGUCCGACGCCCCGUCGGAGUGCCAGAGCCGAGUGCUAGCCGAGCGGGGCGGCGACACAGAAUCGUACGGUGCCAUGGCCGAUCAAACGGGUGGCUUCGCCAACGAUGCCGGUCUGCAGCUGCCACCGAGCACCAAGCAGCGCCGAAACACGAUGCUUGCCCUGCCGCCGACUCAGCAUACCGUGCCGAUCAAGUCUUCAUCGUCCUACGACGUGUUGCCUGGUGGUAACUUUGCCGAGACAAGCUUCAACCGUAGCGCGACGAAGUCGCCUGAAGGGGGCCACGGAACAUUGGCACCCGGUGGUGCGCUGGCUGCUGAUGACUGCCCCCCGGCCGCUACCCUAGCCACGUACCUGAUGUCUAUCGUCUACAUGCCGCACUCGCUGCGGAUGCUGUGCCUGACCAAUCUGUUCUGCUGGAUGGCCCAUGUCUGCUACUCGCUCUACUUUACCGACUUUGUCGGCGAGGCCGUCUUCCGGGGUGAUCCGAAGGCCCUGGACGGUACCGAGGAGUACUUGCUGUACGAAGCGGGCGUUCGUUUCGGGUGCUGGGGCAUGGCGAUGUACUCGCUGUCCUGCGCGUGCUACUCGCUGCUGAUCGAGCGUCUGAUCCAGCGGUUCCGGGCACGCCGCGUCUACGUCGGUGGGUUGCUCUUCUACUGCUGCGGCAUGACGUUGAUGGCGCUUUCCAAGCACCGGGUCGGUGUCAUCGUGUUCAGCUGGACCGCUGGCGUCAUGUACUCGACCCUCUUCACCAUGCCGUACCUGCUAGUGGCUCACUACCACCUGGAAGGAAAAUUCGAGGUCGAGGACGCGGGAGUGGUGAAGCAGCAGUCGAACGUGGCCGUCCGAGGGCUUGGUACGGAUGUGGCCAUCGUCAGCAGUAUGGUGUUUCUGGCACAGUUCGUACUGUCCAUCUGCAUGGGCUCGAUCGUUACCUGGACCGGCACAACGACGACCGUAGUCGCCGUGGCCGCACUACUCAGCUUCUGCGGGGCACUGGCGGCGACGCAAGUCAUGUAUUUAGAUUUAUAAAACACACAUUCCAAACCGGCUAGGCCUCUAUUUCACCGUACUCGGUAUCGUGUUCGUUAUUCGUCUACCCUGUGACUGCCGUCACUGUUAUCCCUAUUCAAAUGCCGCGUUGUGUAUGUGUGUUUAUGCUUAUAGGCUGAUGAAUCUGUGAAGCAAUACGCAACGCUUCCUCUCUCUCUCAGUACAAUGUUCAUAGCCCACCCGAAAACAAAAACUAUACGCUAUACGACACUACUUACUAAUAAAUGGUAGUUACUAUCAAUGAUGCGCCUACUCAACUAACCAAGCAUACGUCUUUUUGCUUUAUUGAUGUUUAAUCUGUGCACCUACACCAUCGUUGAGGAAAGAACUGCAUGAAAUAUAAAACAACCAAACACUUUAGACUGCCUCUUGGACAAAGAGUUGUUUGAAUGAAAUAACAUCUGAAAUAACAUCAAUCAAAAUCUGGAAUGGCUGAAAGUAUUAGAUAAAUUAUUAAAGAAAAAUCCCAAUCCGUUCUGCUUUAGCAAGCCUUAGGCGUCAGCAAACGACGAAAAGCAUCACGAGGCAGAGGCCGAAACUCCUAAUUAGAUCAACUUAUGCAAUCAGUUCGGAUAGUUUUUUUUUAAUCUUGGAAGAACGGACCGGGCCGUAUUUAUAGUUCGGAUAGUUAUUAAGUUAAAAUACAGUUUGUGGUUGUUAAGUUUGAGUCAUUUCGUAUUUCAUUUCAUUUCAA